ACAAUUUCAUCACCUUUUGCAUGGUUUCUAAUGGAAAGUCCAACACUUUGGCUUACAAUUCUCCUCUUUCCUUUUGGUUUGUUGGUGGGAUUGUUGUGUUUGCAAUUGGUAUGAUGAUGAAUGUUUGGGCCGAUGGAGUGUUAAUGGGCCUGAAAAGUCAAGGUGGCGGAUAUAAGAUUCCGAGAAAUGGGCUUUUUGAAUAUGUGAGCAGCCCAAAUUAUUUGGGUGAAGUGAUGGAGUGGUUGGGCUGGGCUUUGAUGACAUGGUCUUGGGCUGGGCUUGCUUUUUUCGUUUACACUUGCUCUAACUUGGUUCCGAGGGCUGUUUCGAAUCAUAAGUGGUAUUUGGAGAAAUUUGGGGAAGAUUAUCCUAAGAAUAGAAAAGCUGUUUUUCCAUUUUUGUACUAAGAUAUUUUAUGUAUAUCUUGUUGCGUCUUUGUGAUUAUGCAAUGCAAAAACUAUUCCUGCUUU